GUAAAAUAGUGAUGCGAGGCGUACAGCACAAAAACCGUGCAGCAAAACAAAACAGGUUUUGCUCCGCAUUGGUCUGUCCAAGGUUUGAAUUUGGGGCCGCGUACCGCUCGCCUGGACAGCGAACAGUGCGCUCCGGCAGCAUGCGGUGGCUGCUGGCCCUCGCCGCUUUGAGCAGCGCGCUCGUGCCGCCCCACCGGCCCCGGCCGGUCCGCACGCGCGUCUACAAGCUGCCGCAGGAGACCGUAGACUUGAAAUUUCGCGCCAAGGGGCUGCUGGACGACGUCAAGAGAAAUCUGGAAGAGGGCGCGGAGAUGCCGGACUCGGCGGAGAAGCUGCGCAAAGCGUACGUUACUGAUGUUAGUAGCCGGCGUCCCCCUGCUUCUUCGGCGUGCGUGCAUCGCGUGGUGGCGGCGCGCCGUCGUUGCCUGCGCACCAGCGCGUCGAUGGCGUCGAGGUGGCACCGCCUCGACGCCGUCGACGCGACGCACCCACAGCGCAUAGAGAGAGAGCAUUCGCCCAUGUGUGCCGCGCGGCGACGUCGUCGCCGCGACGCCGGCCUACAUAGACCCGCGCCGCGAUACACCGACGCAAUCGACGAGAGACGCGCCGCCGCGACACAACCUGUCUACGAACGCAGGAGCACAACGACAUUUAUGUGGCUUUCCUCGAGUUCUUCAUGGACCUCAAGCUCAACUACGACGUGUCGUACGAGACGGACAAGAUCGGGCCGACGACGAACCCGCUCACGGAUAUUGAGGACGAAAUGACGCGGGAGAAGCUGCCCUUCUUGUAUGAUGUGGCGAUGACGAUGCGCGACGGCGCCAAGCCCGAGGUCCAGUUAGGUAUUUGGCGGCUCGUCGUGGACAAGCUGAUCGACCGGACGGGCAUGUCGAACAAGGAGUUCUCGGUCUGGGCGUCCCGCAUCCUGGCCGAGGGUGGUAGCGCAUAACAUCUUUCGUGUGUUA